CUAGGGGCAGCCUCAUAUUGAGGUGAAAUGUAAUUGCUGACUUCCAGUGUUUUUACUUUAGCAAUUAUGUCGUGCUGACUUACAUUCAAGCAUAUACAGGGUGCCCAUUUAAAAUAAAUAUUGUGGAUUAGUGGGAAAACAUAAGGCAGAUUUGAAAAGGCGUCAUGAUGUGACUUGGUCGCGUGAUUAUUAAUCUCAGCAGCAAGAUUAAAAUGUGAGAAAAAUAAUAGUAUUUGAAAAUAUGUUUUGCUUAGUGAAGAAAUCAGACUACGUAAAGCAUCCAGUUAAACACAUCGGCAAUUUCAUGAUAUGGUCGAAUUAAAAGAUGUCAUUUUAAAUAUGGCAUUGGCCACCUGUUUUAAGGAAAAAAGUACAAAAAAAAACAAAAAACCGUUAGCCUGUCCUGAGUAAGUGGGUUUGGAAAAUGAAUAAAUAAAUGAAUGGAUGGUGAAUGAAGUAAUGAAUGAAACCCAUAUUCCUUGUUAUUCUUAUGUCGUGUAAACCCACAAUAAACGUAUGCAGUACUCUAAAUAUGUCACAUUCAUCCAUUUGUUGCCGGCACCCGCAUUUUUAUUUCCAUUCUGCACAAGUAAUCUCGUCUGUCAUGUCGCGGACGCUGCUAACUUUAAGUAUAAUUUGGUGCGCUGAGAUUUCAGAUCUGCUCCGCAACGUUUUGUCUCGAGAGAAGCAGGCUGGAAUACUAAUUCUGUGUUUCAUUGAUUCCGUUAAUUAAUUUCGCCAAAAUGACUAUUUUCCACCGUCGUUAACGUUAAUUCAAAUUCUGGGAGCAUCUUUUCAUUCUUUUCCGGCUUGACAGUUAAUACCGCGGCUAGCCUUUUGCUUCUUUUCUUUUUCGAACCGAACUGUUAAAGCAGUUAAACCUGUCUUGUUUGAACUGACGUCACUAGAAUUGUUAUACCGUCUAUAGUUCCCCAAUGCCAUUCAGCUAAUUCGAAGAAGUCUUUAUUGGGGAGAGGAGUAUAGCGCGAAGCCGGCGCCGCUCCCGCUUCCCGCAGCGUUACUCCAGCCCAUCUUUAACCCCCAGCCUCCUGGGUAACAGGCUGUCCGCCAGGAUGCUUACUGUCACCAGGGUCUGCUCCUUAAACGCUGCACCUCACUCUCAAAGUAAGCCGCUGCGUUCUGUAACGUGUGUGGAAACGACCGAGAGAGAGCGCGUCACUGUCGGAAUUAAAGUGCAAGAACACGCAAGGUAAACGCUGGUGAUUUCACCUCGUUAAACUAAGGACCGACAGCACGCGGAUGCGCCGAUUGAAUGAACGGGGCUUAGUGAAGGUCUUGUGAUUAUUUAGUGAAUUGCACUUCAGUAAAAAUGCAUAAACUGACUGAUACGAAGUGGAAGAUGCCAAGGCAAAUUGAAAUCAAAGGAAUCACCAUUUGCCUUCCCUGAAAGAAAAGGCUGGAACAUACAAUUGCAAUAAAAUAUUAAGAAUCAAACAGAGUGAAGAAUAAUGCUUCAUGCAUGACUAACUGCAGAAGUCCAAAGGGAAAGAAAGAUUGUUUCUCCUGAGGAAAUAAAUAAUUAUUCAAGCAUCCAGUGUGUUCAAGGUUCGCCCAGUGAUGGAGCAGGUGUUCCUGGUGCUGCAGUCUUCCUCCCACGUCCCCAAAGUUAUUUAACUGGUGACUUGAAACUGAACUCUUGUGAGUGGGUCUUAUGAUGGACUGAGGCCCCAUCUGUGGUUGGGUCCCACCUUGCACCACAUACUCGGACCCUCUCUGAACCCUGAAUUGGACUAACUGGGUUAAAUGUAUACUAUGUCAUGCACUGUGAAUCAUGCAGUGUUGGCAUAUUUCCUAAAUGAUGACACUUAGCAAUCUAGCAAAGAAAAUCCUUUUGGUGUUGUCAAGCCUGGGUCACAGAGUUGCACGAGAGACAGGAAGGGGAGUUCAGGUUUCCAAGGAAAAUACAGAAUUUACAGAAGACCUAAUUCAAAAGAAGACUUUUUGGAAAAUAUGCAAUCAUUAAUAUGAUGGGGCCCUUAUAUGUAAAAUAUUUUUCCAGCAUCUUUACUGAAGAAAUGGACAGCCUCUUGGCUUGGCAUGAGUUGUAUUCUUUGACUCUAACAAGUUUGAUUGAGUCUUUCUGAAUCUGUGGAAAAAUAACUUGAAAACCAACACAUCAGAAAUAAGAUGUUCAAGAAGAUCCCUGGAUGAUGAGCAGUCCCACAGGAAUAUUAGUCAGUCUUACGACAGUGAGCCUUGAUGUCGGUGGACCUCAUGGUGGCCUCAUGGCUUGGCAUGUUAACAAUACACUAACAUUAAACCAGAGUUUGCCCACAGCAGAGGCUCUAAAUGUAUCAGACCUAGAGGUGAUUUCACGGAUAACAGUGAAAGAGAAGAACUGGCCUGCCUUAUUAUUUGUGAUCAUCAUUAUUCUAACGAUUGGUGGCAACAUACUCGUAAUUAUGGCUGUUACCUUUGAGAAAAAACUCCAGAAUGCUACCAAUUUUUUCUUGAUGUCAUUAGCUGUUGCUGACAUGCUGGUGGGAAUUCUCGUCAUGCCUGUGUCUCUCAUUAACAUCCUUUACAACUAUGCUUGGCCUUUACCAAACGCUUUGUGUCCCAUCUGGAUUUAUUUGGAUGUGCUUUUCUCAACCGCGUCGAUUAUGCACUUGUGUGCCAUUUCUUUGGACCGCUAUGUAGCAAUACGUAAUCCAAUUGAGCACAGCCGCUUCAACUCCCGCACCAAGGCAAUGAUGAAGAUUGCUGCCGUCUGGACGAUCUCCAUUGGUAUUUCAAUGCCCAUUCCAGUGAUUGGCCUUCAAGAUGAAUCCAAGGUUUUUGUCAAUGGAAGCUGCGUUCUCAAUGAAGAAAAUUUUGUCCUCAUUGGAUCUUUUGUGGCGUUUUUCAUUCCGCUGAUCAUUAUGGUCUUCACAUACUGCUUAACGGUGCAGGUACUGCAAAGGCAAGCCACUGUGUUUUUACACGACAGUAUCCCAAAACCACAAAGACGGGGUAGCCUCAACUGCUUAAAGAAAGAGUCGUCCCAGACUCCCUCGGAUAACAUCUCCAUGAUACAAAGCUCAGAAGGAGCCUCCCAGCUGAACUCCCCGAUCAACAGAGACACCGGCCAGGGACGAAAGGGCAUGAUGCAGGCCAUAAAGAAUGAGCGGAGGGCUUCGAAAGUCCUGGGGGUCGUCUUCUUCCUCUUUUUACUGAUGUGGUGCCCGUUUUUCGUUGUUAACAUCAUGUCUGUGCUCUGCAAAGGUGCAUGCAAUGAGGGUCUCCUUGGGGAACUGCUUAAUGUGUUUGUGUGGGUGGGCUACAUCUCUUCAGGCAUUAAUCCUCUUGUUUAUACUCUCUUUAACAAAACAUACCGCCGCGCUUUUUCUAAUUACGUCAACUGUCAGUACAAGAACAAUAAAAAACCAUCCCAGAACUUGUAUCAGCCUUAUAUUGUCACACCGACCAUGUAUGGAAAAGAUAUUAAUCUAAAUAGCUACCGCAAUGGCAACGAGCCCAACAGCAUGGACAUGGACGAUAAUGAUGAAGCACUAGAAAUGCAAAUCGGCACGUCAGAGGUGUCUAUAAACAGCUCGAAUGUCGUCGGUGAUAAGGUCAGUUGUGUAUAAUGAAGAGAUCAGUCCUGAAGCACAUCAGCCGUCUUUGUGUCUCUUUGGUUUGCCUGUUCACAGGAUUUCCAGCUCUACCAUAUGAUGUAAAAAAAAAUCCUAAAGCUUUUAUUUUAUACCAUUUUUUCUAGUUUUAAAACUAAAAUAUGGGCAAAAAAUAAUAGCAUUCAUGAUUGUAAUACAGUAUCUACAAAUGUUUUUUUCUCAACUUUUUUAUAUCUAUUAAAUAGAAAUUCUCUACUUUGCACUUCACAAAGUAGAGCGUGAGAAAAGGAAAGGGAAGCAUUUUAUAUUUUUCCUCUGAAAUAAAUUCAUUAUCCAAAUGGCACAUGGAUUAUAAAAUGUGAAUUUUAUGCUUGAAAUAAAACAUUAGCAAUAAACUUAAUAGAUAAAUGUCAGGCUAUGUUUUUAAGUUUGUGCUUCUGAGCUCAUGUGUUUUGUCUAAAAGCUGCGAUGGCCGAAAUCAUCCUUCACCAUGCGCUGUCAGAUUACAGAUAAGACAUUAAACCCAGGUCGAGUUUGCCAUGAGAGCAUUAGCACAAGACAGCCCCCUACUAAGCAGAACAGGGACUGCGCCCGCUUACCCUGAAAAACCUUACAAAAAUGUCCGUUAAUCGCGGGGCAAUGCAUAAUCUCCAUUUAUCGACAAGUUCAUGAUGUCGUCAGAUUAGGCUUCGCCACUAAUACCAUGCAGCAGGCCGCUGAACAACACAAACAGACACACAUGCAGAAGUCACCUAGACGCCAGUACAGUGUAGCUAAUGCAGGCGUGAAAUGCAAUGCAAAAACACCACGUGCAUUUAAACAGCAAGACACGGAAAUUAUGGACGUACACACAAACUUACACACAUACAGGCAAAUGUCAUAUACUAUGAAGAAGUAAAUGUACCCCAUGAAAUGUUUUCUCUUAACAUUUGUGGAGAUAUGAAGAUUUGAUCUUCAUUUAAACAGUACCUUUCGACAAAGGUGAUGUAAUCAAAAAAAAAUGAAAAUGUGACUUGUGCUGCAAUUCAUUUAACAAAAAGUGAACAGAUAUGUAAUUUCCGUCUGUGGAAAAAGUAAAUCCAUCCUUGGCUCUAAUAGCUGGUAUAGCCCCCUGAAGUAGCCAUUUCCUAUAACUGUCAUUGGCUGUCAGAAGGUUCUUCCACUCGUCCAUGCAGAUCUCUAUCAGCUGUGUGAUGUUUUAGGGGAGUCUUGCAUGUACAGUCCGUUUCAAAUUCCCCUACACCAUUGCCAAUCACAGUCUUGUCAUUCCAGCUCUGUAAUCAUCCCCUGUCUCUAAUUGGCUAACCAUCUCUCUCACCCCUUCAUCACCUAACAGCUACUGUGUGGUAAGUGUAAUGACACAAAUGGCUGCCAUUGCAUCAUCCAGGUGAAUGCUGUACAUUAGUGAUGGCUGAAGUGGCUCUCCAGUCACUGUGUAAAGCAUUUUGAGUAGUGAGAAAAGUGCUACAUAGAGCAAAUGUAAAGAAUUAUUUGAUAUAUUAUUAUUCAGAUCUAGGCUUUAACUUGGUCAUUCUAGAAUCCUCCAUUUACUUCUUUUCAGUCAUUCCUUCAUGGAUUUAUUGUUAUGUUUAGGGUCGUUGUCUGAUUGCAAGGUCCACUGUUGAUUGAGCUUCAGUCUUCAGACAGGUGGUCUCACAUUAUUCUCAAGCACCCUCUGGUACAAUCGACAAUUCAUAGUAGAUUUUGUGACGCUGAGCUGCCCAGGCCCUAAUGUAGCAAAGCAGCCUCAAACCAGAACAUUUAAAGUUGCUAUCAGGUUCUUCUAGUCAAAUACUGUCUUUGGUUUAUGCCAGACAUGUCUUCUGGUACUGUGGCCAAAUAACUCUAUCUAUGCCUUGUCUGUCAGGGGCAAAUUGCUCCAGGAGUUCUGGUCUUUGCCUAGGUGUUCAUGGGCAAAUUUUAGUCUUUUGAACAGUAAAGAUUUCCUUCCAUGUCGAUCUAAUGUGUGUAGCCUCUUUCCAAUGGAAUAUUUAUUUACUUUGACAUCAACAUUGGAAAAACUACCUGUAGGUCCCAUAAAGAAAUUCUGGAGUCCUUAGAGAUUUCUUUCAGCUUCCAAACUUGCUAAGGUGGCCUGACCUUGUUUAAAAUCUUUUCCACUUGUAGAUGAUCUUCUGGACAUUUCAAUGUUUGAAUUGCAACCGUUCGGAGAUCGUUUAUGUCCCUUCCCGGACUCAUAGGCAUCAAUAACCAUCUUUUUGAAGAUCCCAGAGGGCUCUUUUUUGACCUUGGUAUGGUGAUAACACACACUUCAGUACAUCAACAACAAAAGGCAAUGUCUGAGGUUCAAUUAAGAUACGUUCAUGAAGAUCUUCCCUAAUGAUGUUCUAAUCAUUUGCACCUGAUUCUAAUUUGAGGUAUAUGAGGCAGUGAUAAAUCUAUGGGCCUUUUUCCAUACGUGAAGUUUGCAUUUAUAUUUAUUUAAUUUAUACAACGAACUACAAAAUGUGACCUGAUGCUUAUUAUAUUUGAUCACCUUUACCUAUGGAUACAUUUUAAGUGAAGAACAAAUCGUGACAUGUCCACGCAUGUAAACAAGGAAAAAAAUGUCAUGGGGCGUAAUUCCUUUUCUAGAUGUCUGUAUAUUUAAAUAACGUUCAACAACCGUUGUUCAGCAAAGAAUGACUCGAAGAUACACGUCACACACACAUAUGCAAACAUUCUAUUGUAUGUAAUUAACAAUGGAGCAAAAAUAGGAUUCAGAUAGUAGAAGUACGCACAUGCAUAUACAAGGGCUUAUCGUUUGUAACUGGCAUUACAAGUCUGGUAACAAGCGUCAGCAAGAUAUGGAGAAAGCCGCUCACUAUUGAGCCUUAGAUCUCAAGUUUAUGUUCGGAAGCCAUUGUGGGUGCAAUGGCUCAAACGAUUUUUUGGUGCGACUACAAAGGUCAAACCUAAUAUCCAACAGUAAUGUGGCGACUAUUCUACAGAGAUGGACUUUCAUUUUUAUUAUUGCAAUAUUAGGCAAACAGGAUUAUUUAUACUGUGGAUGUAAAUAGAUUUUUACAAUGCAAAAUGUGCUGCUCUUCUUGGGCGACCGGGCCCCAUGCUAGAGUACGAGAUAACGUGUCCAACCCUGUACGUUUCAUAAACCUUUAUGUAGCUUAACAGCAUUUAAUAUUGCAACAAUGCCAUUGUUUCGAGUCAUUUUUCACUAUGUUUUGUGAUGCUGCUAUUCAUUUAUUAAAGAUUUGUUUUAUUAAUG